CCACAGCCAUCACUGAACAUGCAGUCAGGCUCCAUGUCUCUUUCAGGCUAUUCUGGGAAUUGCAGCAGCACAUCCUACAGAACUCAUUGUUAUAUCCCAGUAACUCCUUCCAUUGCUCUUUGCUCCAGUGAUGUAAGCCCUACUCUUGGGCUCUGCUUACCCAGUAGUUACCAAGGAAAUCUCUGGCUCCUGGAUAACUGCCAAGAAACCUUUGGUGAAGCACCAAGCUGUGAAUCUCCUAGCUGUGAGCUCAAGACCUGCACCACAAGUUGUGACCCAUCAAACUGCUGUGUGCCCUGCAACUCUCCAACAGCAGGCCAGGUUUGCAGUGCCUGUGAAACUACCAACAUUGGACCCAAACCCAGCUGCAGCCCAUGCACUCAGAACAAGGGGUAUGUAUCUAAUUGCUACAGACCCAGCCAAUGUGCACCUAAAGCCUUCCAGAAUUUCAGCAAUGGCUUCAAGUGCUUUGGGGAACUUAAUUGCUGGUCCAACAGUUUCCAACCCCUAAACCACUGUGGACUGGGUAGUUUCAGGUAUAGAGGCUACCGACAUCUUCCCUGCAUCCCCAGGGCCUUCUCACCAUCGUGUUAUAUUGCCAGAAGCUGCCAAUCCCAAAACUAUUUAGUGAGAAAUUGCCGAUACUCAAGUUAUGGACCAAUGAGCUGCCAACCGCUGAGAUAUUUUUCUAGAAACUUCCAGUCUCUGAGCUGCAUUCCAAGUACCUUUCCUCCUCUGAGGUAUUUAUGCAGUGGUUGCAGACCUCUGAAUUGCUAUUAAGCAAUGUUUUGCAUUUAUAGCUACUGGAAAUUGGCCCAUGGGGCUGAUUCUACCAAGUAGUCACCUUCUCUAAUAUUCUGCUGAAUUAUUUCAUGUGUCUUAAGAAUUUUUUUUUAUAUUAACCUCAAGUACAACUCCAGGACUUAUUAACCACAGCCAUAAUCACUUGCUAGCUUGUUUUCUCUGUUACUCUGUUAAUGUCCUUUGUGUUGAGGGCUGAUCCUGAAGGUGGUAUUGUUUCCAAGAUUCCUACAAUGGACACACUGAAGAGAUUCCACAAAAAAUAUAAACAUCGCCAUUUUUUUUUAAUGUUGGCUGUUGCUGUCCCUUGUCUGCCAAUGGGAGUACCCUCUACGUUCUUGAUGAAGAGGGGCCUUUUUGGUUUGAGUGAUGAUUCCGGCACAGUCUUUCAGAUUAUUUUGCUUUUUAUCAAUGGUUUUGUGGACUGCUUAACUAGCAUCGUGCUGAGAAGCUAAGAGAUAGCAUUACUUUAAAUAUGUUAUGUUCAGCUAUUGCAUCCAUCCCCUACUGACUGAUUAUAAGGAUGUGAAAGCAGCAAUGUCCAACUACAGCUCAAAAUCGGAAGACCUUCAGCAAAUCUUCUCUUCCAAAGAAGUCCAAAAGCCCUCAAUUGGCUGGUAUUUGGCUUUUAUUCCCAAUGCCUAGGAGAGAGCUCCAGGAGUAGCAGCAGCACAAGAAUUAUUUGUUGAAGGAAUGACAAAAUACUCUUAUAGAUUCUUCAUGAUUAGUGAUGAUCUAUGUUCAUGUUUCUGCUAUAAUCUUCCCUUGCUGAAUUAUGCUAUCUGAUUCUAGAAAAGAUUCUAGUUCAUAGUUAAUAAACAAAUUUCUAUUGGGAAAUAAA